AUGAGCGCGUCCAGGCCAUUGCGGACCAGAGCAUCAUCGACAAUGUCCCACCCGAACGCCAACCCCAACGGCUUCCACGGUUUCCGGCAGGACAUGCCGCCGCCCGGCGGCUACGAAAACGUCAAGUUCAAGCGCAACCUGCCUGUGCGUGGCGUCGGCGGUAUCGCAAUGUUCGGCGGGUGCAUUGCCAUUUGCGCCCUUGGUUUCUGGCGCUACGGCGCGGGUGUCAACGAGAGGCGUGAGCUCGCGCGUGAGAACGCGUGGUCGCGCAUCUACCUCGUCCCGGCGAUCCUGGCAGAGCAGGACCGUGACGAAUACCGCCGGUCACAGGCGGCGCUGGCGCGCGAGACGGAGAUUAUGAAGGACGUUGAGGGCUGGGAGGUCGGCAAGUCGGUCUACAACACGAAGCGGUAUAACCCUGGCACUAUUGCCGUCCUCUAA